CGGCUCCGGCCUACAGGGAGGGCUGGAGGGGGUCCCGUCCGCCGGCCGGGGGUGAGGGCGGGAUGGCGGCGCCGUGAGGAUCUCGCACGCACGGAGCAGGCUGGAUGCCCACAGGCAGCCGGACACUAUCACAGGCUGUCCGGGUACUCGGCAGGGGCACAGGACUUUUCUCUCCACACACACAGGUUUCUCUGCCAAGACCCUACCUUUGCUGUGUUGGCCUUCCCGAGGCCAGCCCCAGUUACUGGUCCCAGCUGCUGUUACGGCGUGUAUCUCUCCAGUCCACAGACAGAAACCAGGGUGGCAGUGCUGGGGCUUUCCAUUUCUCCCUGCUUUUGAACACUUGGCUUCGCCAGGCCUGCACAGCAGCAGAGGACAUGGCAGAGCAGAGGUACUGCGUAGAUUAUGCUAAGCGUGGCACGGCAGGCUGCAAGAAAUGCAAGGAGAAGAUUGUGAAAGGAAUGGUGCGCAUUGGAAAGAUUGUUCCCAAUCCUUUCACGGAGUCUGGUGGGGACAUGAAGGAGUGGUACCAUGUGAAGUGCAUGUUUGAGAAGCUAGAGAAGGCCCGGGCCACCACAAAGAAAAUUGAAGACAUCACAGACUUGGAAGGGUGGGAAGAACUACAAGAUGGGGAGAAAGAAUUAAUCAACAAGCACAUCUCAGAAGCUAAUUCCAAGGCUGCAAGUACACCGAAGAAAAAAGUGAUAGUCCAAGCCAAGCUCACUGCCACAGGACAACUAACUACAAAAGAUCCAUUAGCUCUCAUUGCUCCAUCACCAAAGAAGUUCUCUGGCUUCACAGCCAAGCCAAAGAAUUCAGAAGAUAUCUCUGCAAACUUUUCCCACAAGUCUAGCCUAUCUGCAAAAAAAUGUGAUCCGAAGCACAAAGACUGCUUGCUGCGAGAGUUCAGGAAGCUUUGUGCCAUGGUUGCUGAAAAGCCUAGCUAUAAUGUGAAAACACAGAUCAUCCAGGAUUUUCUGAAGAAGGGAUCUGGAGGAGAUGGUUUUCAUGGUGAUGUAUACCUGACCAUUAAGCUGCUGUUGCCAGGCGUCAUUAAAAUUGUUUACAACUUGAAUGAUAAGCAGAUUGUAAAGCUGUUUAGUAGGAUUUUUAACUGCAGCCAAGAAGAAAUGGUCCGGGACCUGGAACAGGGAGAUGUUUCCGAGACCAUACGCCUCUUCUUUGAACAGAGCAAGUCUUGUCCUCCAGCAGCCAAAAGUCUCCUGACCAUCCAAGAGGUAGAUGAUUUCCUCAUCCAGCUAUCAAAGCUUACUAAGGAAGAUGACCAGCAAAGUGUGCUGCAACAUAUCACUCGCAGAUGUACGGGCAAUGACCUGAAAUGCAUCAUCAGGCUAAUCAAGCAUGACUUGAAAAUGAAUGCUGGAGCAAAGCAUGUGUUGGAUGCUUUGGAUCCCAAUGCUUAUGAGGCGUUCAAAGCAUCACGCAACCUCCAGGAUGUGGUAGAGCGAGUCCUGAAGAACCAGCAGGAGGCUGAGAAGAUGCCAGGUCUGAAGCGAACCCUCAGUGUGCAGGCCUCUCUGAUGACCCCGGUUCAGCCCAUGCUGGCUGAAGCCUGCAAGUCAAUUGAGUAUGCCAUGAAGAAGUGCCCAAAUGGCAUGUAUGCAGAGAUCAAAUAUGAUGGCGAGCGGGUGCAGGUCCAUAAAAAUGGAGAUCAUUUCAGCUACUUCAGCAGAAGCCUCAAACCUGUCCUCCCACAUAAAGUAGCCCAUUUUAAGGACUUCAUCCCAAAGGCUUUCCCUGGUGGGCAAAGUAUGAUCCUGGAUUCAGAAGUUCUUCUGAUUGACAACAAAACUGGCAGGCCACUUCCUUUUGGGACUCUUGGUGUGCACAAGAAAGCUGCUUUCCAAGAUGCCAACGUUUGCUUGUUUGUGUUUGACUGCAUCUAUUUCAAUGACAUCAGCCUGAUGGACAGGCCUCUGUGUGAACGUCGUAAGUUUCUCCAUGAUAACAUGGUUGAAAUCCCCAACCGGAUCCUCUUCUCAGAGAUGAAGCAUGUCACAAAAGCUUCAGAUCUGGCAGAUAUGAUCACCCGAGUCAUCCGUGAGGGACUGGAAGGACUGGUGUUGAAAGAUACAAAGGGUAAUUAUGAACCGGGAAAACGACACUGGCUGAAAGUGAAAAAGGACUACUUAAAUGAGGGUGCAAUGGCUGACACAGCAGACCUAGUGGUGCUGGGAGCUUUCUAUGGACAAGGCAGUAAAGGUGGGAUGAUGUCCAUCUUCCUCAUGGGCUGCUAUGAUCCCAAGAGUGAGAAGUGGUGCACUGUGACCAAGUGUUCUGGUGGCCAUGAUGAUGCCACCCUGGCACGUCUGCAAACAGAGCUGGAUAUGGUGAAGAUCAGCAAGGAUCCUAGUAAAAUUCCAAGGUGGCUAAAAAUUAACAAAAUCUACUACCCAGACUUCAUUGUCCCAGAUCCAAAGAAAGCCCCAGUGUGGGAGAUCACAGGGGCUGAAUUCUCUAAAGCCGAAGCCCACACUGCAGAUGGGAUCUCCAUUCGCUUCCCUCGCUGCACCCGCAUUCGAGAUGACAAAGACUGGAAGACAGCCACCAACCUCCAGCAGCUUAAGGAGCUGUACCAACUCUCCAAAGAGAAGGCUGAUUUCAGUGUAGCUGCUGGGGAGGAAGAUGAGUCCACAGCUGGCAGCAGUGGAGAGAAUGAGGGAAAUUCCAGGUCUUCCACACCACACAGCACUAUUAAAACUCCCCCAAGCAAGUCACCUGCAAAAGCCCAGAAGCCAGAAGAAAGCAAAGCAGUCAUUGGAUCCCCUGAAAAAUCAGAGGAGAAACGAGGAGAGAAGCGAAAAGCAUCUGAGAUGGAUGACAAUGGAAAAAAGACAUUGCUGGACAUAUUCACUGGUGUGAAGCUGUACCUGUCGCCCUCUGUGAAGGACUUCGACAAAAUCCGACGGUACUUUAUAGCAUAUGAUGGGGAUCUUGUGCCAGAGUUUGACACAGCCUCAGCAACGCAUGUUAUAGGGGACAUUGAUGAGAAUCCUGGUGCUAAGCGUGUGUCUCCCAACUGGAUCUGGGAAUGCAUCCGGAAACGGAGACUGGUAGCCCCAUGCUAGCAAUGUCUUGACACAAGAAUUCCCUGAAGGGAACAACUGAGAACUAGGUAGGUGGAAGAAAUGGUGAGAUUCCUCUGUGGAGAUGUGGAUAGAAAUAAAAUGCUCAAGUCCAUCAGAGGUAGUUAUAAAGAUCCAUAGCAACCAUAUGGAAUUAAUUAAAACAACUCUUUGAAGAAAUGUCACUGCUGAAUCCAUUUUUCUGCCCAUAAUGUAGACCACUGCACUUAUCUAGGUGCUGGUUUAGUCUCCUUGGGUUUUUAAAGUUUGGGUAUUUUUAUAGAUAAAGAAAUAAAACUGAAGCAGUUUCUCUUUUGCUGUCAGGACUUAUUUUCCAAAGGUUAUUCUCUGCCUGGACAGGAAAACAGACCACCAAAUAUGUGAAACUAUUGCCAGGAUCAUUUUGCUGCAUGGCUGCAAUUUAUGUGAAGGACAUGUGUCCUUCUGGCUUUUUUCUUUCCUGUCUUUCAACAUUCAGCACAGAUCUGUAUCCCUUAGUAUUACACCUCUGCUGUAGGUUUCAUAUUAAAACUAGGACACUGAAUAAGCUUCAGUACAGCAACUGCUGCAGCAUUAUCCAAGUGUUCUGUUGGAGUGUUUGUUUCUGGAAUAUGUUGCUCAUGCGUUCCGCUAUUCAUGUUUCAACAAGUAAAAGCUGAGAAAGGAACUCUGCCAUCUGGAUCUUUUAGGAUAGCUGAGAGACCUUAUCUGAAGCUGUUCAAAAUGACUCCAAGCACUUGAAUAUUAAUGAAAUAAGGAAGAUGAUAGGUUCUAGAAAUUAGGGGUUCGUUUUAACUUAACUGUUUUGCAAAUUAUGAUAUGCAUUUGCUGAAUAACUGCAUGAGUAGACUGAGUGCAUGUGUACAUUAUGAAAGGAAAAGUGAGUUGACCAGUUUACUGGUUCCCUUAGUCUGUCUCAAGGGUACAGAGCACGCUCUCCCCUUUGUUGUGAAGAUUAUGUUAAGAUUGUACUGCUAAAAAGUUAGUAUUGUCAGUUAACUUUUUUCCUUCAACCCCUUUUGUACUUGUACCCCACACACCAAUGCUAUUUAAGCACUUGGCAUCCCAAGCCCUUCUGGUUGAAAUUUAGAAGUAGCUGUAGGAUCUCUGCUUUCUCCUAGCCUGGUGGUAACAGAGUCAGAAAACAAGGUUAACUAAAUCACAUUUCAACUUUAUUAUAAAAUUAUAAACCAAACUUCUGUACCAAAACUAGUAAGUUUAACUGUCAUAGUACCAAGAGGAUUUAAUAGAGAAUAACAUGCCAUUUCAAGUAGAAUAUUAACUUUUAAAAUAUUUAAACUAUGUACAGUGUAUGUAAAGCACAUAAAUAUUUCCAUUUACUUUAUUAGUUCAGCUCAUUAUAUUCCUUUGGAUCAUUAAUCAAUUUCCUCCAGAUUUUGAUUUUCCUUUAAUAACAACUCAACCAUAUCCAUAAGUAGCAAAUCCAUUUUUGCAAGGGAAACACUGUAGCCAGGAGAA